GUUUUGACUGCUGGAGCCGCUGAAGCAGAUCGCGCAGACUGCUCUGAUUCUGACGCGAUAAAAACUGAGUUUCAGUAAAAGAACUCUACAUAUCAGCGCUAGUUAUGACGCGGGUGUAAGCAGGGGAAGUUAAGGUUAACUACAGUCACAGACCAAAGACUUCACCUUGAGGAUUCACUCCGGUCACCUGCGCAGAUAUCAUGGCUAAUGGCGGGUGUAAGGAAUCUAAUGGAGAGAUGAGAGUGUUUCUCAACCAGAAUCUGAGUCCAGGAAAGCCUGUGCUGUCUCUGCUGACGGUUCAUCCGGCGUCUGUCACGGCAGUCAAACAGAUUCUACCCAAAACACUCACUGCUGCUAAUGUAGUGCCACAUCAUAUAGUGAUUGGCACUCCUCAGAGGUCCAGUGCUCCUGCCAGUGUCCUGAUAACCAGCCCGUGCACACCAACUGCUCAAAUCCACACACCACAGACCCACACACAAGAGACUUCUCCCUGGUCAACUGGGCGCAGCAGCAGGAAGGGUGAUAAGAACGGGAAGGGUUUGAGGCAUUUCUCCAUGAAGGUGUGUGAGAAGGUGCGGAAGAAAGUGGUGACAUCUUAUAAUGAAGUGGCUGAUGAGCUGGUGACUGAAUUCACCUCUGGAGACAACAACAUCUCACCCAAUGAUGUGCACGUGUACGAUCAGAAGAACAUCAGGCGCCGUGUGUAUGACGCUCUCAAUGUCCUCAUGGCCAUGAACAUCAUCUCCAAAGACAAGAAGGAGAUCAAAUGGAUCGGAUUCCCCACCAACUCCGCUCAGGAGUGUCAGGAUCUGGAGGCCGAGCGACAGAGAAGACUUGAGAGAAUUAAACAUAAACAGUCUCAGCUGCAGGAGCUCAUACUGCAGCAAAUAGCAUUUAAGAAUCUGGUGCAGCGGAAUCGACAGAUGGAGCUGCAGAAUAACAGACCUCCACCUGCAAACACCGUCAUCCACCUGCCCUUCAUCAUCAUCAACACCAGCAAGAGAACCGUCAUCGACUGCAGCAUCUCCAAUGACAAGUUUGAGUAUCAAUUUAACUUUGACAACAUGUUUGAGAUUCAUGAUGACGUGGAAGUCCUGAAGCGGAUGGGAAUGACGUUUGGACUGGAGUCGGGCCGCUGCAGUGCAGAACAGCUGAAGAUUGCCAAGACUCUCGUUCCUAAAGUCCUGCAGCCAUACGUGACCAAAAUGUCUCAAGGUGCCAUUGACCAGUUGAUUGGAGAACUGUCUCAUGUGGCCACUGAUCGCGGUGCGUCCAGCUCCAACAGCUCUCAUCACAGCAACUCCCGAGUGGAGACGCCCACAUCAUACAUGGAGGAUGAAGAAGACGAAGAAGACUUUGAUGACCAUGAUGAUGAAGAUUAGCUAUGGACAGCAAGUGUUAUAUAAGUGUAUAAAUGAUGUUGAUGUGUUUGAAUUUGCAGCAUCCCUCUCUGAGAAGUCAAAUCAAGGACGUUACUGAUUCUGGAAUAUUAUGAAGAUAUCUUUAUUACGUUUCCCCAAAUUCUUGUUUGAAAACUCAAUAUAGUGAUCCUGCUGUGAUUUGAGUCUCUGAGCUUCAGUAGCUGAUGAUCGGAUCAGCUCAGUUGAUUGUAUUUAUGCGCUGCUGCUCACGUCCUAUAUUUGCUGAGGGUUUUAAAUGACUGUUGGCUAAGGCUGAGUUUUGUAUCGUAUUUUUUUGAGGUCCGCUCUCAUAGGCAGCUAUUUUUGAUAUCGGAGCUUAUUUUUGGAUGCUUGGCUCUGACAGUGUCAAAUCACCAAGUCUUUAAUGACAAACAGACGGCAUGAACAUGAUCAACAGUAAUGUGACACUUAUUCAAAAUACAUUUACUGCCCUUUUUGUACAAUGUAACGAAUACUAAAGAAAAUAUACUUUUCUUAUUCAUGUAUAGAGAUUAAAGUA